UAAUACACACCAACCGUUAGCCGCUUCAUUCAUAGUGAUUGCUGUAGACACAUCAACGUCGUGAGCAAGCUCAGUGUGAAAACCCAUUUCUUCAGUACAAAGAAAUAAGAAAGCCUUAUACAACAUGCGUGAAUGUAUCUCAGUCCAUGUCGGCCAGUGCGGCGUCCAGAUGGGCAAUGCCUGCUGGGAGUUGUACUGCCUGGAGCACGGCAUCCAGCCUGAUGGCCAGAUGCCCUCAGACAAGACCAUCGGAGGUGGUGACGACUCCUUCAACACCUUCUUCAGUGAGACUGGAGCUGGCAAGCACGUACCCCGUGCUGUUUUCGUCGAUCUUGAGCCGUCCGUUGUGGAUGAGGUUCGUACUGGUACCUACCGUCAGCUCUUCCACCCUGAGCAACUGAUCACCGGCAAGGAGGAUGCCGCCAACAACUACGCCCGUGGUCACUACACCGUCGGCAAAGAACUCAUUGAUCAAGUCUUAGAUCGCAUCAGGAAGUUGGCUGACCAGUGCACAGGUCUCCAGGGAUUCCUCAUCUUCCACAGCUUCGGUGGCGGCACCGGCUCUGGCUUCACCUCCCUGCUCAUGGAGCGUCUUUCUGUCGAUUACGGAAAGAAGUCCAAACUGGAGUUCGCCGUCUACCCCGCUCCCCAGAUCUCCACUGCUGUUGUCGAGCCAUACAACUCAGUUCUUACUACUCAUACCACCCUGGAGCACUCCGACUGUGCCUUCAUGGUUGACAACGAGGCCAUCUACGAUAUCUGCAGACGUAACCUCGACAUUGAGCGUCCCACCUACACCAACCUCAACCGUCUCAUCGGCCAGAUCGUCUCCUCCAUCACCGCUUCUCUUCGAUUUGACGGCGCCCUCAACGUCGAUCUGACAGAGUUCCAGACCAACUUGGUGCCCUACCCACGUAUUCAUUUCCCUCUGGCCACCUACGCCCCAGUUAUCUCUGCUGAGAAGGCCUACCAUGAGCAGUUGACCGUUGCCGAGAUCACCAACGCCUGCUUCGAGCCCGCCAACCAGAUGGUGAAGUGUGAUCCCCGACACGGCAAGUACAUGGCCUGCUGUCUCCUGUACCGUGGUGAUGUCGUCCCCAAGGAUGUCAACGCCGCCAUCGCUACCAUCAAGACCAAGCGUACUAUCCAGUUCGUCGACUGGUGUCCAACUGGCUUCAAGGUCGGUAUCAACUACCAGCCACCCACCGUCGUCCCUGGUGGUGAUCUUGCCAAGGUUCAGCGUGCCGUCUGCAUGUUGAGCAACACCACCGCAGUUGCCGAGGCCUGGGCCCGUCUUGACCACAAAUUCGAUCUGAUGUACGCCAAGCGUGCUUUCGUCCAUUGGUACGUUGGAGAGGGUAUGGAGGAAGGUGAGUUCUCCGAGGCUCGUGAGGAUCUGGCUGCUCUCGAGAAGGACUACGAAGAAGUUGGUGUUGAUUCCGCAGACGCAGAAGGAGAGGACGAGGAAGGUGAUGAGGAAUACUAAACUAAGAUGUCUAACAGUCCCGGCAGAGCCAUCGAUGUAGUAAACUAUUAAAAAAAAAACUCAUUUUAAAAAUGCAGCUGUAAUUUUCUGCCAAUGUAUCAACUUUUCCUUGAUGAUACUAGCGUUUGGUCUCCGACUAAACCAACUCAAUUAUACCAAGCUUGCCCAUUAGUUUAAAAGCAGCUAAGCAAAAUACAUUCAUAACUGUUUAAGAAUAUCUGAACUGAGUACUAUCAACGUUAAACCUAAAAACCUAAAAUUAUCCAACUCAAAAUGCACUUCCUGUUUUAUUUAAGAUAUUCAAUUAUUCAAAUCACUAUGACGAAAAUGUGAGAAUAUAGAUUAAUAAUAUCUCCUAA